CUAGUUCGGAUAAUAAUUUUGGCGUCUUUCGUUUACGUGGCUGGCCUUUUGCCACUGCAGGCUGUGCGACCUGCGCUCAAUGUCGCCAACUCCGCUGAUAUUCCGUCAUCCAAUAUUUCCUCUCCCGAAGAUAAUGCAAACCUUUGGUCAUGGUGUACUCUGUCAUUUGUAGAACCUAUAUUGGACCUGGCGUGGAAGCGAACAUUGAACAAAGCCGAUGUCUGGUGCUUGUCACCGUUCUUCCGACACAAGAACUUGUUCAACAAAUGCCUUGAUUAUCGUUCACGCUACCCGACGCACUCUCUGCUGCGCUAUUUGCUGGUAUCGAACUCUCUCGACCUACUCUUGAACCUUGCCUUGGAAAUGUGGGGUCCGGGCAGAGUGAUAUAUCAUUGA